AUAGCAUUCCACAACAAAUUUUCUCUUGCUUUCUUUUAAUUAACCAUGGCAGAGAAACAAUCCCACCUGAACGGUGCCUACUACGGCCCUGCAGUCCCACCGCCGACCCAAUCCUACCACCGCCAUGGCCGUGGCAGAGGGUGCGGCUGCUGCUGCCUCUUUAGCUUCCUUUUGAAACUCAUAGUCUCCCUCGUUGUCAUCAUUGGCCUUGCUGUCCUCAUCUUCUGGCUCAUCUUCCGCCCCACCAACGUCAAGUUCUACGUCACGGACGCCUCGCUGACGGAGUUCAGUUUAACCGGCAACAACACUCUGCAGUAUAACCUUGCCGUCAACAUCACCGUCAGAAACCCCAACAGGAAGAUCGGAAUCUACUACGACACCAUCGAGGCCAGGGCGUACUACGGCGACCAGCGUUUCGAUGUGGAUACCUUGACGCCGUUUUACCAAGGGCACAAGAACACGAGCUAUUUGAGCGCCGUGUUUUCAGGGCAGCAAGUUGUGCUUGAAAGUGAUGAGCUCACGCAGUUCAAUGCGGAGAAGAUUGCUGGGGUUUACAGCGUUGAUGUCAAUCUCUAUCUCCGGAUCCGGUUCAAGGUCGGAAAGUUGAAAACCGGCCGGGUGAAGCCUAAGGUGAAGUGCGACCUGAAAGUUCCUCUGAGUUCCACCGGAAACUCAGCAGUUGCUUUUGAGAGUACCAAGUGCGAUAUCGAUUUCUGAUCGACCGACCUUCUUCAUGUUUGAUUGAGUGCACUACGUACUUUUUUUUUUUUGGUAUUAUUUAUUCUUUUUUUUUUUCUUUUUUGUAUGUGAUAUAUGAUCAUUCUUCUUAUUCUCGCAUACGAUGCGAUUGUAUUUGCUUAUGAGAUAGAGGGUAGAUGAUUA